GGAAGGGGGAGGAAGGAGGCGGAGCGCGCCGGUAGUGGCGGCUCUGGGACUCGAGCGCCCGGGCAGGAUGGGGCUGCCGGGGAAGACGCACCGGGCGAUCGGCGAGGUGGGCGCAGUGCCCAGGGGGCUGUGAGCGCCCCAGCCGAACCACCCCGCCCGGCCGGACCACUGCAGCUCUGCCGGGGGCGGCCUAAGAGAGGUCUCCGCGCCCCCCUCUGCCCGCUCAGUCGCCACUGCCGCCGCCAGGCCCCCUCUUCCUCCCCCGCCCCUCGAGAGACCAUGGGCACCGAAAACUUUGUCUCCGCCUGACUUCUUUCCCAAGCUGACCGGGGUCGGCUGCGUGGAAAGGUUCGUCUCCACCUGUCGCCAGCGGCUUCCCCCCCACCCCCCAGUCCCCCAUCCACCCCUCGCCAGGACCUCGCGGCUGGGUCAGGGGGCGUGCAAUCGGCUCCGGGAGCCCCAAGGAGCGUGGACUUCCCGCCUCGCCCCAGUGCGCCUAGGACGGAGGCCGCCCUCUCGGCUGGAUCUCUAAGCGCGCCUAGACCGCCUCACGCAGCUUGAAUCGCCGGAGCCCCCGGGAGCGCGCUGCCAGGCGAGGGAGAGGAGGAAGGGGAGGAAGGGAACCCGGACGCGGCGCCUAGAAGCCCGGAGGAGCCGGCGGAGGAGGCGCCCCCUCCUCUCCCCCCCGCCCGUCCGCCAGCCCAAGCCCCUCACCUUCCAGCUUUCGCAGCGGCGACCGGAGCUCGGAGCUGGGGGGAGGCGGCGGCCGGGCGGGGGCGGGGGCGGAGGAGGAGGAAGAGGAGGAGGAGGAGGAGGAGGAGGGCGGCGAGCCGGCGGCCAGACCUCGAGCCGAGCCGAGCCGAGCGAGGAGCGGAGCGGACCCGCACCAUGGUGCAGCCGGGAUUGCUGGCGCUGCUGCUGCUCGCCCUGGCCUGGGUCCGCGUGUGCACGGACGACGCGGCCAAAGUGAUCUCCGACCGCUAUGCCGUCUACUGGAACCGGAGUAACCCCAGGUUUCACCACGGCGACUACACGGUCGAAGUCAGCAUCAAUGACUACCUGGACAUCUACUGCCCCCACUACGAGAAGCCGCUGACCCCGGCCAUGCGCAUGGAGCAGUAUGUCUUGUACAUGGUCAACGACGAGGGCCACGCGUCCUGUGACCACCGGCAGAAGGGCUUCAAGCGCUGGGAGUGCAACCGGCCCACGGCGCCCAACGGGCCGCUCAAGUUCUCCGAGAAGUUCCAGCUCUUCACGCCCUUCUCCCUGGGCUUCGAGUUCCGGCCGGGACACGAUUACUAUUACAUCUCUGCCACUCCCCCCAACAUGAUGGACAGGUCCUGUUUAAAACUGAAGGUUUACGUGAAGCCCACCAACGAUUCUCUGUACGAGUCUCCAGAGCCCAUCUUCACCAGCAAUAACUCCUGCAGCAGCCUCAGGGUGUCCCAGCUAUUCCUCUCUGUGGUGCCCGUCUUUUGGACCAUCUUCACCUCCUAGCCCCCCGGCCCUCCUGCCACCAGGCACCGGGGGAUCGGCAUUGUUCUAGGUGGAGCCGGGGGAGACAGAGGGAACCCUGGGGGGCUGGGGCAGCCCCGCUGUUUCCUUUACUCCUUGCCACCUGUUCAGACGCCCCCCUCACACCCCGUCUGCCCCUCCUUCGGGAGGCCAGGGAGGAAGGCCCCGGAGCCGCCAAGCCAACUUCCACCUUGGGGACCACACAGACGACGGCUCAGGAGGAAGCAGAUGGUGUCUGCCAGGGACCGAGUUCACGGCCGCCCAGGAAGGUGACCUGCAAUCCUUGAAGGUUUCGGCUCUCGGGAGCCUCCCCAGGGCAGUAGCAGCUGCUCCCCAGCCCUGGGGCCUGGGGACGAGAGCCGCUUGUAGACCAAAUAGAGAGCGUCCUUCUUGUUCCAUUCGGUGCUGCCAUCCCUUCCUCCCUGCCCUCAGACCUCCGACCUGCCCAGGGGACCUUCACAAAGACGGGACGGCCGUCACCACCCCAGCCGGCGCCCCUCCCUUCCACGCUGCCCCCCAAGAGACGGCGGGGCCCAGAGGGGAGGGGAGACCUUUGGCUCUCUCCCUCUCCCACCCGCCUGCUGGCCCUGACCUCGGCACCCAGCCCUCGUCUUCCCCCCGGACUCAACGCUGCCCGGACGGAGCCGGCUGAAGACUUUUGUCCCCGGGAUCCUCGGGGAGCCCAAACCCUAGCGGGGCCAUGGAGGAGGGCUGAGGGACAUCCCGUGACCCAGAGGGCAGCGAGAAGGCCGCCCGAAGACUUCUUGGGGAGAGGCGAGCGGGCGGGUGAGGGGACCAGAGGCGGCCACCAGCCACGUCAGGCGCUCCUUGAGGACUGCGGGUCGGGGAGGGAAGGGGUAGAAAUACCUCUCGAUGCUUCUUCUUCUUUUUUAAAUGUAUUUUCAUUGUUUUAUUUGAGACUCGAGUUUUUAAUUUAUUCUAGCACUCCACACCCUCUGACCCGGUGAAGACUUUAGGGAAGGAAAUGGAGGUCACUGGCUGUGGAUCUGCCCCCGAUCUGCGCCCCAGGCUCCCUCCUUUCCCAGCCCCUGUUCAUCUCCUCCCUGCUCUGAGCUACCCCCCAACCCCCGGCAAUGUCUCUUGAGUCCGUGUCCCUGGGGAAGGUCCGACCCCCCCCCCCCCCGCCCAUCCCCUUCCCAUCGUGGGCCCUCCCCGUGGGGCACGGGGAGCCUCUUGAUUCCCAGCCUUCAUCUCUGGCUUCAUCCUCCCUCGACACCCUGAGCACAUGUGGGCAUCGAGCACCUCCCAGGUUUGGGCCCCAGGACUGCCGGGAGAUUUGUGUUCUUGGGGGUGGGGGCACACUGUUGGGGCGAAGGUGGAGGGGGCCACUGGGGGCGCGCACAUGUUGUAGAUCUUAGGAGGGAUCGUGCCACCGGGUUGUCCACUGGAAGCUGAGAGUCUGGAAAGAAGGAAGGGGCGGCUCUUUGGUUUCGAGGGAGGCAGCUGCCCACACUCUUCCCAGCCAAACUUGCGGCAUUGACCCAGAUCCCCAUCCGAAGCCACCGUCCCCAGAUGCCCCCGAGAAGGCUCUGGGAGGUGCUUUCGGAGGAAAAAGCUGCCCCUCGCUGCCCCCUCCGGAGGAGACAAAGGCUCUGGCCAUCUCGGACUCUCCUUCCAGUUCCUAGUCCUGGUAUGGUCCAGAGUCUCCCCCAGACUCCAGAGAGAAGAGCUAACAAGUCCCUUCACUGCCACAGUUCAGCUCUCCCUCCCUCUGCUCUCCAUUUAAGCAGCGGCUUUUUAUUAAGGUCCCUGUUGUUUCUUGCUUUCUUUCCCUUUUUUUUGCAAAUGCAAAUGAACCUACCGAUUUCUAUUGCUUCAAGUAAUCUGUCUCUGAGGAAGGGAGCAGACGUUAUAUUUCUGUAAAUAGAGCCCGCAGGUAUAUACUGUGAUUUAUUUUUAAUGCAAUGCUGAGAAUGAACUCGGUGGAGGUCUCUCUCUCUCUCUGUCUCUCUCUCUUUCUCUCUGUCUCUCUCUCUCUGUCUCUCUCUCUCUCUCCCUCCUCUCUGUCUCUCUCUCUCCCCUCUUUCUCCCUCUCUCCUCUUUCUCUCUCUCUCUUCCCUCUUCCUCCCUCUCUCCUCUCUCUCUCUCUCUCUCUCUCUCUCUCUCUCUCUCUCUCUCUCUCUCUCUCUCUCCCUUUCUCUCUUCCUCCCUCUCUCUUCUCUCUUUCUUUGUGUGUCUUUCUCUUACUAUCCCUCCUCUCAUUUUCUCUCACUCCCUCUUUCUCUCUCCCUCCUCUCUCUCUCCCUCUCCCUUUUUUUCUCUCUCUCCCUCUCUCUUCUCUUCCUCCCUUUCUCUUUCUUUGUGUGUCUCCCUCUCCCUCUCCCUCCUCUCAUUUUCUCUCACUCCCUCUCUUCCUCUCCCCCCUCUCUCUUUCCCUCUCUUCAUUCUCUCCCUUUCUCUCUGUCUCUCCCUCUCCCUCUCUCCCUCUUUCUUUCUCUCUGUCUCUGUCUCUCUCCGCCCUCCCUCUCUUUCCCUCUCUCCCUCCUCCUUUUCUCUCCUCCCUCUCCCAUUCUCUUUCUCUCUUCCCUUUUCCAGGGGGUGGGGUGGGUUUAGAGUAGAAGCUAUAACUUGCAAUAAGCUCAUUUUGUCCGUCGGAGUUUCUCCUCCAUCCGUGCCCUCCCUCCCCCCUCCCAUAACAGUUUCUACAAAAAACCGACAGACAAAAUCAAAAAAAAAAAAUCCUUCUGCCAUUUUAAUGGAGUAAACGCAUUUAUACAGAUUUCAUAUUUCUAUCUUCCUUUCCUUACUCUGUGUUUUAUAUAUAUAUAUAUUAUAUAUAUAUUGUGUAUAUCAACCAUGAGGCCCUGAGGACACAGUGAGAAGAAAAAAUUGGAAGGAGAAUUGGGGGGAAUGGUUUCCCCAGCCACGGUCUGGUUUGAGGGGUGCAUCCUGGCCCACCCCCUGCUCUGGUGGUCUCAGACAUUGUUGAACAUCCUCCUUGGUUCCCCUCCGCCUCUUCCUCCAGCCCAUUGUGUGGGAUCUCCCACUCCUGGCCCCUUCCCCACUGCCCAUCGCCACCCAACUUUGGAAUCUGUAUUUUUUUAUAAUAAAAUAAAAAUAAACCUUG